AUUUAUUAGGGUUAAUUUGCUAGAUGACUAUAAUGGGAAAAAUAUUAGUUUUGUAGUAAGAAGGUAGAGAGAGAUAGGAAGGGAAAUGAAGAGAGAGAGAGGGUUAUAUGGUUAGAUGAUGAAAUAUAGUUUUUUUUUUGGUUAUAGGGUCAAAUUUCUCAAUAUAUUAUCUCCCUUUAAUACAUGUAAUUUGGUUAAUAUUCGUAUAAUAUUAAUAAUGAUCAAUAUAUGAAUAUCGAUUUGGUUAGAUAAGCUUCGAAAUUGUAAUUAGUUAAUUUAAAUUUAUUUUAAAUGUAGUGGCAUAAUCUGUAAAUAAAAAAAAGUAAGUACUAAAUUUAUUGUAAAUAUAAUGGUUAAAUGUGUAAAUAAAAAAGAUACUAAACACACUACUAUCCAUGUUUUCAAACAAUUCUCAUUUUAUUGUUAUCCAUGUUACCAAAUAGUACCAAAAAAAUAUUUUAGUUUUACUAUAGAUGCUAUAUCUUUGUUAUCUUCUAUGUCUACGGUUUACGUACAAGUUAAAGCCCAUCUUAUAUUCCUAUUACAAAAUUAGAUAGAUACCAAUAGACCAUCUCCAAUUAUUCCGUUUUAAUUAAUUUCAAGUUACAAACCCAUCUGAUGGAGGUGGAUUACUUAGCUCCGUUUACAGCUAGAUAAUUGCAGUUUAUGGGUGAAGAAUUACCAAAGAAGAUUAGGAUAUUUUUCUCACGUAAAGUGACCCAACAAAUAUUAAUUAGUGAUUAUAUAUGUAGCUUAUAGUUGUUGGAUAUAUUCCACAAAUAAGCACCAAAAACUCUAAUUGUCUUAUUAAAAUAUUAAGUCUUUUUAUUCUCCAACAGAUUCUUUUCACUUCUCUUUCUGACUGUGUGCUCUUCUCCUCCCCAUUUUUUGUUUGUAUAAUUUUAUAUAAUAAUACUGCAUUCCUACCAAAUUAUAUACUUUUUAUAUCCAUAUAGUAUUUCAUCUUCGCGUAUUUAUAUGCAAUAACUAUAGUAAAUAUCUAUGCUAAUGUGAAACCGACUAUUAGUUCCCCCACAUACGUUCAGUUUAGUAUUAUUACAAAACACAAACCUAAUUUUAAAUUUCCACAAGACUAUAGAAAAAUCAUGCGUAGUAUGCAUAGAAAUUGCUAAUCUGCAGUUUGGAUAGAAAUUAAUAUAUAAAAUGCUUCAAGAGUUGAUAGAUACACUCAAGUUAAUUACAUGAUUUUUUUUUUUUAAAAAAGAAGUUAAUUACUCCAUGAUUGACAUACUUGACCGAUCAAUUUUGAACACUCAUUCAAUCCAUACUCGAUAAAUGUAUUGUACUUCUUAUGAUUGGUCAUUUUGAAAUUCGGACGCAUUCACAAAUUUAAUUACAUGUAUAAAUAAAACAAUUUGAAAUAUACGAAAUAAAUAUAUGAAUAAAUAAUUGAAAUUGGUGGAGAAUUAUAUAAACGUUAGGGUUCAAGUUAUAAUUAUCUUCCUAACGUGUAUGACUGCUCAUAGUCCUAACGUGUAUGACUGCGAGUAUAAAAUAAUAAAGUGUUUCGGAGAAAUGAAAGUGGCCUUAGUUAGGCAAGAGUUUGCUAAGAUUGGUGGGGAAUGGAAAGGAAGGACACCAAAGUGAGAGUAUGUUUGAGUUUUAUAAUAAUAAUAAAAGAAAAUUCCAUGUAAGUAGUAAAAAAUAAUAAAAAAACUUGAAAAAUUGAUUCUAGAAAAAGAAUACUAGUAUAAAGGAAAAAAGACAUUGAAGAAAAUAUGAGAGAAAAGACCAAACAAACACAGAGAACUUAAAUGCCUAACCAAUGCUUUUUGUUUUUGGGUUCAAUUCAAGCCAACACAUGAAUACAUGAGAUUUACAAAAUCUCGACAACCAUAUAAUUGGUAUUACCAUUCUCGACGUGCCUGAAAUAUCCCGGCUACUAAUGAUUUGCACGCCUAAUAUAUAUAUAACUGAUGAACAAAUACUUUUGAAAAUUUGACAUCGUUUCUUGAAUUGAUGAUAUUGAGUUCCAAAAAUGGCAAACGAUUGAGCAAGAUUUUGUGAUACUUCCAAGUUUUUGAUAUAGUUCUGAUCAAGAGAUGCAUAAUUUGGUUCAAACUUUCUUUAUUUAUUUUUCAAAAGACAUACCACUCACCUUUUUUUUUUUGAACACCGACAUACCACUCACUAGAAUUGAAAAAAAAGGAACGAAAAUAUCAAAAGCAAUUUUUAUUUAAGCUUCUAUCAUAUUUUGUAAAUAAUACAUCCAACUUUUUUUGAAAACUAUACGAAACAAAAAUUCUCCGAUUUCCUAACUAAAACAAUUGGAGACAAUUAAAACUUAGUACUAGACUUGUGGUUGCUGCAUGCGACAAACAAACGUUAAGAAUAAAUAUAACUAGUCUCAGUUGAAUACGUACUGCUAAUAAUUAACAUUUUUGGAUGACCGGUUAAACUAUUACAGUAUAUAACUGGUUCACUCGUUAAUGUUUUGGUGAGCAUAUUCCUUAUAAAUACAUGCAUGCGCAAACCCCACAUCUCCACAUUCGAAACAACAUUUAAUCCAAAACCUCUCUCUUAUCUUUCGCGUCUCUUCUUGUUCUCGUCUCGUUCCAUAAAAUUUCAAAGACACAUACUAAUGGGAGGAAGCAUGUCACACAGUCUCUUCAGCUUCUUUAAAACACGAAGAUCUCAAAGAGUGGAAGUAGACGCCUCUUGGGAUGACGUCGUUUAUACUCGCAAAGCAAUGGCUAGUGAUGAAGACAAACGUUACUGGGUGGCUGAACCAGGUAUUGACCGCAAAGCGUCUGCCUUUAUUGCCAAGUUUCAUGCCACUCGUGUCUCUGCGUCCCAGCGCCAAUCUCUCUCUCCGUAGCAAUCCGAGAAGGCAUGAUGAUGAAGAAUUGAAGAUUAUGAUGAUCAAGGGCUAUUUUGAUUCUAUGAAAAUUGUUUUUUAUUUAUUUGAAAUGUUCUAUGAGAGUGUAUUGAUUGUCUUAGUUGUAAUUAAUAAUCGAUUUUUCUUUACAAUUUUCUUCGUCUAGCUUCUCAUUCUUUUUCCUUGUUGCUUUCAUAUCUAGCUAGUUAAAUAAUUUUGACUUAAAUCAUAUGGGAAUGUGUUUUGGUUGUGUCGGUUAAUAAACGAAUACAAAAUAACCAGAUUCGACUUUGUAUAGUUCUUGACUUCUUGUUUCUCGUAAAAUCAUAAUAAUAGUCAUGUAAGCAUAUAAAGAUGAACAGGAGAGAAUAAAGACUAUUAAAUUUACAUAAAAAACAAAGAUAGUUAACUUAAAGAGUAAUUAAAGCUUUUUCUAUAGAAUCCAAACUUACCCAACAAGAUUUACCAUAUGAAAUGGAACAACAAGAUUUGAUGAGGCUCCAAAACAUCCAUUUUUAGGAUGUAUAGCUUCUUAUGAAUCUCACAGACUCACACAGACUAUAAAUUCUAACAUAACCUUAUAGAUACGUAAUUUAGAUCAAUGUAGAAAGCCAUGAAUUUUGACAUUUUAAUAACUAAAUCUUGUUUACCAGAAUGAGUAUUUAUUGAUUGUAUUCAUUUAAGAUAAAAUAACCAAAAAAACAUAGGUUUGAAGCCAGCUGUAGAAUCAAGAUCUUUAUAUGAUUGCUAUUAUUUGCAUGGACGGGAGGUUUCUGCUUGGGUCUUCCGCUCACAUAAUGCUCCAGUUUUUUUUGUACAAAAGGUACAUCUUAAGAGUACUUUGAUUCCUCUUCUUGUCUUUUGCUUCGCUUUGAGCCUAAUUUUCUUGGUUCAUACUCUCUUUACUUUUACUGCCAACUAUCAACCAAAAUAUUCCCUUUAAUUUUAUUAAAUGGUUGCAAGUCUAGUGAUCUCGUAGUGGUGCCUAUGUAACUCAUGAUUUGUGAGUGUAUCAGUCUUCAGGAUUCGAUCACCACAAAAGCAAAACAUCACUCACAAUACAAAGAAGAAUAAGAAGUAACACCGCAGCUUGACACUUGCUUGACGCAUGAACAUUUGGAUGCUUAUAUUCAUACGUAUGUAAUUUUGGUUAAUAAUUCUCACACAUGAAAAGGGCAUUGAGUAUAAUGUGGAAUCUCUGGAAGACUCGUUAAUGGCAACUACUCAUCGGUCUCUAUUGGUUGGACUAAUUUGAGAUCAAUGCAUACCAUCUAUUUGCACCCAACAUGCACUCCACUCUUCUAUUUGUUCAACACAAUUACCGAUUCGCACCCCCAAUAAAAUUACAAGGAACAAUAACAAAAUAAAA